GUCCCCAAAAAAUGUUCUGGUCAAAAGAUUUGGUGCCUACUUAUCGAGAGGGAUUGUCUGGCCAGCUUCACACUAUCUCGUUCUCUUCUCCUUCAUAGGCCCAUUCUUCGAGUUCUACAGCAAAUGGUUUUAAUUUUUGGUAUCUCGUGCUUUCCACUUCUUUUAUCUACCGUUCUGCUUAGCCUUCGUGGCUGCUGAUAUGCCCUUCUCCGCCACACCUCACACCAGCUCUGCGCCGGCGCAUCUGGCCGUUGAGGACACCCAGAAGAACAUCGGUAAAGUCAUAAUUGUUCAGUCAAGGGAAACCGGUGAUGUUGUCCCGCAACCGGCCCACCCUUCUGUCCAGAAAUCCGACAAAAAGGACCAGGCAAAACCCUUCGCUCAUUUUGUCGCUGGUGGACUUGGUGGUAUGACCGCCGCGACGCUCACCUCUCCUCUUGAUGUCUUAAAAACACGUUUGCAAUCCGACUUCUACCAAGCGCAGCUCCGAUCUCUCCGCGCCGCUCAUCCCUUACCGCCGUCUUCUUCACUCACAUCCCUGCCUCGAAGUGCUCUUGUGCACUUUAGUGAAACAUUCCAGAUCCUACGCUCGAUCCACGUACACGAAGGUUGGCGGGCUUUAUUUAAGGGCUUGGGGCCGAAUUUGAUCGGAGUGGUUCCUGCUCGCGCUAUCAACUUUUACGUAUAUGGGAAUGGCAAACGGAUAUUGAGCGAUCACUUCAACUACCAAAACUCCCAAGAAACGCCCGUUGGAAUCCAUCUGACCGCUGCGGCUGUCGCCGGUAUCGCCACGGGAACAGCCACCAACCCGAUUUGGCUUGUGAAGACACGUCUCCAAUUAGACAAAUCCAAUGCCGAACACCACAAUGGCAAGGGCCGGCAGUACAAGAACAGUUGGGACUGUAUCAAGCAGACGGUGCGCCACGAGGGUAUCCGCGGCUUAUAUAAAGGACUUUCAGCUUCGUACCUUGGCGUGACCGAGUCGACGCUCCAAUGGGUGAUGUACGAGCAGAUGAAGAUGUUCCUCGCCCGCAGGGAAUCGGCGAAGCGUGCCGACCCCAACUAUACCUACGAUAGCUGGGACGAUGUGGAACUGUGGGGUGGACGGAUAUGCUCCGCAGGCUUGGCUAAGCUGAUCGCCGCAGCUGCCACCUACCCUCAUGAGGUUGUCCGUACCAGACUGAGGCAAGCGCCGACUGUAUCCGUCGGAGACGGCAAGGUGCAGAUGAAAUAUACCGGUCUUAUGCAGUGCUUUAAGACUGUCUGGAAGGAAGAGGGCAUGCUCGGGUUGUAUGGCGGCCUGACACCACACUUGCUCCGUGUCGUUCCGUCGGCCGCGAUCAUGUUCGGAAUGUACGAGGUUAUCCUCCGCCUCUUCGGAACAACUUCUUAGUACACCUCUCACGCCGCCUCUAACGCAUCUUUAUGCCAUCCUAUCCGAAGCCUGUAUAGUACUACCUUCGCUUUCAUUUUCUCGGAUACGUUCAACGGAUUAGAAGGACCAAAGUGCAUAUUCACAGCGUACCAUUCUUUGAUGAACUUUGCAUUAUCUGUUCUUCUUGGGUUUGGGGGGGUGGUAAGGCGGUGUCACUACUCAUCUCUUGAUCUCUCUAUGCUCAUCCGAAACCGUAUUAAUCCCGAUCCAUGUACAUUAGCCACGAAUAGAAGCGCAUCUUUCCGUCAUUAUAGACUACAAAAUCUACUCUCUAAAUA